AAGAGGGAAUAGUGAGAAGAGAGAAAGAGGCAUGGCGACAUUUCCAAUCAUCGAUAUGGAGAAGCUUAAUGGUCAAGACAGGGCUGUAACAAUGGAAAGGAUCAAGGAUGCUUGCGAGAACUGGGGCUUUUUUGAGUUGGUGAAUCAUGGGAUAUCUAUUGAGCUAAUGGACACUGUGGAGAGGCUGACUAAAGAACACUACAAGAAGUGCAUGGAACAAAGGUUCAAAGAAAUGGUGGCAAGUAAAGGGUUAGAAGCUGUUCAGAACGAAAUUGAUGAUUUGGACUGGGAAAGCACUUUUUUCCUCAGCCAUCUUCCUCAUUCCAACAUGUUGGACAUUCCUGAUCUUGUGGAAGACUACAGGAAGGCAAUGAGGGACUUUGCAGCAGGAAUAGAGAAACUAGCCGAGGAACUUUUGGACUUGUUAUGCGAGAAUCUCGGGUUAGAGAAAGGCUACCUGAAGAAAGCAUUUUAUGGAUCCAAGGGUCCUACUUUUGGAACAAAGGUGAGCAACUAUCCUCCAUGUCCUAAGCCAGACCUUAUUAAAGGCCUUCGUGCCCACACCGACGCUGGAGGUAUCAUCCUUCUCUUCCAGGAUGACCAAGUCAGCGGCCUCCAGCUCCUCAAGGAUGGAGAAUGGAUUGAUGUUCCACCUAUGCGCCACUCCAUUGUUAUCAACAUCGGGGACCAGCUUGAGGUGAUCACAAAUGGGAAAUACAAGAGUGUGAUGCAUAGAGUGAUUGCUCAGACCGAUGGGAACAGAAUGUCAUUAGCGUCAUUCUAUAAUCCAGGUGGUGAUGCAGUAAUCUAUCCAGCACCAGAAUUGCUAGAGAAAGAAGAAAAAGCAAAAGCAUACCCUAAAUUUGUAUUUCAGGAUUAUAUGAAGCUGUACGCUGGUCUAAAGUUUCAAGAGAAGGAGCCUAGGUUUGAAGCCAUGAAAGCCAUGGAAAUUGCAACUUGAGAAUGUUACCCAAGUUCCCAACAGUGUGUGUGUGGCUGCCUCUAUCAGCCAUAAUGUCAAAAGAAUGUUAUUUACGUGUGUUUUAAGGUAUUCAGUGGAAGGUUUGUCUAAUAAGAAGGAAAAUCUAUAGUGUCCAGUGCUGUGUGACUUUUUUUAUGUUUUAAUCAGUGUUACGAUUUGUCUAAGUGAUGUGGACAUUGAUUCA